AAAAACCUUUAAAGGGUGUAAGGAUACAGCGGAGCUACACGUCGCUAGCAGGUGCACAACGCAGGGAAAUAACAAAUACGAGGCGAAAGAUGGCAGAGCAUAUGGCGUUUCCCCGUUCCCACUGACAGAAGACACGUCCGCCUCGAACCGUAACCUUGUGCUUUCACGAGAAUAAUGUCACGUUUUCCCCCAAUGUCCGGAGGAAGUGACAUUCCCGUUCACCACAUCGGCACACGCCUCAGUGUAACGGGCUCUAUCUGCUGACGUCCUUUCUCCUGAGUGACUGCGAUAUUUGCACAUAGAAGCCGCUCGCUCUACGACCAACAAAAUGUCAGGAACCUACACACCAGCCCCUGGUGGGCCAUUCUCUGCUCUCACCCCAAGCAUGUGGCCCCAGGACAUUUUGGCCAAGUACCAUCAAAAAGACUCCCCAGAACAGCCUGAACUCCAGUAUGAUGAGUUUGGCUUCAGAGUGGACACUGAAGACGGUGGGAAGUCCAGGUCCUGGCUCGGCACUGAAGGCUCACCCCAGCGUGAAGACCCCCAGCAGCGAUUGCGCUGGCAAGCCCACUUGGAGUUUACCCACAACCACACAGUGGGUGACCUGACCUGGGAGCUCAUUGAUCCAGUCCUUUCACGCUCUGAGCGCCUGCGUUCCUUGGUGCUAGGUGGCAUUCCUCACAGCAUGAGGCCACAGCUAUGGAUGCGACUGUCUGGAGCACUGCAGAAGAAGAGGACCUCUGAGAUCUCUUACAGAGAAAUCAUUAAGAACAGUUCCAACGAUGACACCUCCACAGCUAAACAGAUAGAGAAGGACCUGUUACGGACUAUGCCAACCAAUGUGUGUUUCUGUAGCCUAACCAGUGUCGGAGUGCCGAGGCUCAGACGGGUACUGAGAGGCCUGGCCUGGCUCUACCCAGACAUUGGGUACUGUCAGGGCACUGGCAUGGUGGUUUCCUGUCUGCUGCUCUUUCUUGAGGAGGAGGAUGUGCUAUGGAUGAUGUGCGCCCUGAUUGAAGACCUCCUUCCUCCAUCCUACUUCUCCUCCACUCUGCUGGGCGUCCAAACGGACCAGAGGGUUCUCCGCCAGCUCAUUGUUCAGUACCUGCCAGCCCUCGACCGCCUUUUGCAGGAGCACGACAUAGAGUUGUCGCUGAUCACACUGCAUUGGUUCCUGACAUCAUUUGCCAGUGUCGUGGACAUUCGCCUGCUCCUUAGGAUCUGGGACCUGCUCUUCUACCAGGGCUCAUUGGUGCUCUUCCAGGUUACGCUGGGCAUGCUCAAGAUCAAGGAGGAGGAGCUCAUAUCAUCAGAGAACUCUGCGUCCAUUUUUAAUACUCUAUCAGACUUGCCAAGCCAGCUGAGAGAUGGGCCUGCAGUUCUCGGGGAGGCUAUGAGACUAGCAGGGACGCUAUCCCAGGAAACCCUGGAAGCCCACCGACACAAGCACUUAGCCUACAUCCUAAAUGAACAGACGCAGCUCAACAAUGGAAACAACACAACACUCAACACCAAUCUCAAUAAGGUGGUGAGGAGACAGUCCCUCCGCAGGAAGUCCACCCUGAGCUCCCUGCUGUUUGGGGAGGAUGAGGCAGAGGCCCUGAAAUCCAAGAAUAUUAAACAGACCGAGCUGGUGGCAGCCCUGCGAGAGGCCAUUGCCCGCACUGCAGAGCACUUCCACUGUCUGGACCCACGUCACUCUAGUUCUGAACUGACUCCUGACUACUCCAUGGAGAGCCAUCAGCGAGAUCAUGAAAACUUUCUUGUGGUGUCUCGCAACCGACGGAGACGGGCAAAGGCUUUGCUGGACUUUGAGCGACACGAUGACGAUGAACUGGGCUUCAGGAAGAAUGACAUUAUCACUAUCAUCUCACAGAAGGAUGAACACUGUUGGGUUGGAGAGCUCAAUGGCCUUAGAGGUUGGUUUCCGGCUAAGUUUGUGGAGAUCCUAGAUGAAAGAAGCAAAGAGUACUCAUUAGCAGGUGAUGACUCUGUGACAGAGGCAGUGACAGAUUUGGCUAGGGGCACACUCUGUCCGGCCCUAAAGGCCAUCUUUCAGCACGGUCUCAAGAAACCAUCUAUCCUGGGAGGGCCUUGUCACCCUUGGUUAUUCAUAGAAGAGGCGGCCAGUAGAGAGGUAGAGAGGGACUUCAACUCUGUCUACUCCAGACUGGUGCUCUGUAAAACCUACAGGUUAGAUGAAGAUGGGAAAGUACUAACACCAGAGGAGCUGUUAUACAGAGCGGUGCAGUCAGUCAACAUGAGCCACGACUCAGCACACGCUCAGAUGGAUAUCAAGUUUAGGUCUCUUGUCUGCGUCGGCCUCAAUGAGCAGGUGCUGCACCUGUGGUUGGAAGUGUUGUGCUCCAGCAUGGCUGCUGUAGAAAAGUGGUAUCACCCUUGGUCAUUCCUCCGCAGUCCUGGAUGGGUGCAGAUCAAGUGUGAGCUCAGGGUCUUGUCAAAGUUUGCCUUCAGCCUCUCCCAAGAUUGUGAACUACCUGACAAGAAAGAGGAGAAGGAGCAGAGACCCCUUAAAGAGGGAGUGCAGGAUAUGUUGGUAAAACACCACCUCUUCAGCUGGGAUAUCGAUGGUUAAACACACAGCAAAAUGACGACUGAAUCCUAUCCUGUCAUGCAUCACGUGUGUAUUCGAUGUCUCUUCACCUGUUUUUUUUUUUUCACUGUCAAUCAUGAAUAAGACAGUUGUCUGCUACUGUAAGUGACUACUUUACAGACCCCAUCCAUCACAUCACCUUUCAGCAUUGGACAAUGGUGACACCGUAAUCAUUACUCUGAGACUCUCAUGUCCUCAUAAAGGUCGAUCAGUUUGUAUAUGCUGAAGCAUAUACGUGUGGAUUAAGGUGCAUACCUUAAUUCAGACCCACUGUAGGGGGUUGCACUACAUGGUUAAAACUAUAUAUACACAAGUAGUAAGUGCUUUUCGAGCGCAUCUCUGUGUCUGAGAUAUACAGUCAGUUCUGUGUCUGUAAAAAACAUCGCCAAGAUAAACACUGGACCUUUUAACAUGGUCCUAAAUUCCACAUUAUCCUGUAUAUUCCCAAAUAUUUAGACCAAAACAGAACAUUCCUAAAUAUGGAGCUAUAAAGUUACAAAUUAUUUUUGAGAGGACUGCUACUUACCUCAAUAUCAUGAAUUCCACAAAAUAUUUCAUUAUAUUAUUAUACCGAGUAAAGCCUUUUCAAAUUGUAAUACAAGACUAUGGGUAUGUGUGCUACCCUAAUAGUGGUAGUGAACAGUCUGCACUUGUAUGACAUAUUGUAAAAUGAAGCAGAUAAAUACUUUUGUGUUAGAAUCUACAGUAAAUAAAUGUUAAAUAUAAUUUGUAAUGUUUUUUUGUAUAUGAAGUAAACACAACUGUUGCUUGUGAAUAAAUGUGCCCUUGUAAGUUAGAGCAAUUCAGCAUAGGACUGUCCAAACUGACCUUUAGUUCUGACUUUAAGCUGCACAUACAUUAGAAAAUAGGGUAUUUUCUGUUUAUUAAGUCUGUUAUAACUGUUCAUUUUUCAUAAUGGUGACCUGUAUGUGGAGACUGAAGGUUCAUAUGUUGACAAAACUGAAUUACUUUGAGUAUAUUGUGGUGCUCAAAUUUUUUCUUUUUCUUUUUUUUUUUUUUACAACUUAAGUUUAUGUACACUUGUUACAGUUUUAACAGGGUAGUUUUUGAAAACUUUGCAGAUAGCAAAGGUUUUGUUGUUUUGGUUGUUAUUCCUGCCAAGCUAAUUAGAUCGUGCCGGUGGGUGUUAUGUUCUGAAACUGUUGAGAAUUAUUUGGACUUGUAUUGUUAACUGUAACUUUCCCAUGUGCAGAAAACAUAAUCAAUUAAUUUUGUGGUUUUACAUAAUUGUAGCUAUUGUAGCCUGUGUAAAUAACAAUACAUUAUUUGUCAAUAAUAUACAAUCGAAAUGCAGAAGAAUAUUCUGCCGU